GAAUACGGGUGGCGCUAUUCCAAGUUUUUGGGUUACAGUCUAGGGAAGCUUAAUGUAGUUUUCACAGUUUUCGAAUCUUAGUGUAACAGUUUAGCGUCAAUAGUAGUGACAAUGGCAGUGCACUUGAAGUUAUUAAUGCCUGAUGGAUCAUUCUUUGAGCAUAAAUAUGACCAAGAUACUACAGUUGAGCAAAUUACUUCUUCUUUGUUCAGUGAUUGGCCUGAUAGUUUGGGAAAGAGGCCAGAUUCAAAUCACUUGAAACUUAUUUUCCAAGGCCGAUUUUUGCAUGUCACUCUCAAACUGUCAGAAUUGAAACUACCCUCUGAAACGAUUACAAUGCAUUUAAUUCAACAUAAAACGAUGUCAUUGGCGAGGAUAAAUGGUCAACAAAAACGAUUCAAAAGAUGUUGCCCCCUGAAUUGUUUAUGUCUACAUUGAGGUCAUUGUUACUCUUCACUUGCUUGUCUCUACAAUUAUCUGGACGUAGAUUAUGCCAAUGUCUUUCUUCAGCAGAACACCAAUUUCCUCCAUUUUUUAAAAAUAUUCAUAAUUUCUUAGUAGAAAAACAAUACCUUACAGUUUAUGUUUAUUGUUUUAAACCUAGUCACAUUAAGUCAGCAAUGAGUCGAAACAUUCCUAUCCUUCUCUCUCAUAUUCAACCCUUCUUUUUCCUCUUCAACAGGCUUCUAACAAUCAAAAAGAAUUAUAAACCAAUUAGGGAUCUUCUAAUGCAGUAUUUCUUUAUUUAGAGAUAAAAAGAUAAAUAAUAAAUAUUAAUAGUGAAAUGUUCAUUUAUUCAGUUUACUAUUCAUAUUUUGUCUCUUAUCCUUUACAUUUUAUUUAUUUAUGGUUUGCAUCUUUGUACAAAUAAAAUAAUCUCAUUAUGUAAUCAUUAUUGACAUGUCAAAUAUUGAACUUUUGUAGAUGUAAAUGGGUAGUUUAUUCUUAAUGUAGUAUUUUUGUUUUAAUAACCUAAUUUAUUUUAAUUGCUGUUUCAUUAACAAUGAGUAGAUUUAUAAAAAGAUGAUAUGCUUUUUUGAUCUUCACUGUCUUCUACUUUCCUACUUACUUAUCAUGACAUAUACACUUCCUGUUUACGAUGUGCAAUAUAGUACUUAG